AUCUUGUUCAAGCACACGGAACACAGAGAAACGAGUAUGCAACGCUCUCGCGCGGCUGAAAAUCGAAUCAGGGGCAUUCAAUCAACUCACUCGCAAGUACAUGCAGGAGGAGUUCAAUCCGAACACUCCAGACGUUCACGAUGUCAGGUACUUUUCGUACGGGGCCUCGCUAACCCCAAGUUUGUGGUCUGUGUUUGGCCAGUCCCACCGGAUAAUCGAGCAGGAGGAAGGCCCGAAUGACGGACUGGUCAGCGUCCAAAGUAGCAAGUGGGGAGGUCAAGAGGGCUAUAAAGGCACCUUUGUUGGUGUUAGCCAUCUUGACUUAAUCAACUGGACCAACCGUCUGAAGUGGCUUGUUGUCUCUGAAGUAACAGGGAACACCAGGAAGUUCAAUGCACUUGCCCUAUAUCUGGAUAUUGCUGAAUCGCCUCGCCUGCCCCUACCCCUGGUACAUUUACACCCCGCGGUUAGCUCAUUUCCUGUUGGGAAAACGCUCUGCGCAGGAAUCCCACUCGAAUUAAGCCAAUUAUUCACCAUGUCUGUUCGAAUCCAUCUGGAUAGGCCGCAUGCGUAUUUUACGAACCUCGAUUUCAUCACAGGGAAAGUCAUCCUUGCCCUAUCCACCGAUACUCCCGUAUCAAGCGUCGUCGUGAAGCUCGAGGGCGAGAGCAGCACCAGGCUUGCCGCUCCGAAAUACCCCAAUAGUGACCGCAGUGAGAAGAAGAGGACGGAGGUGGAAUCCCACAAGCUCCUAUACAAAACCCGUACUUUAUUUCCGGUUGAGGAUACGUCUGAACUCGUCGGAAGUAACCCGUACUAUACCCUUCCGUCCGGCCAUCACGAAUAUCCCUUUAGUUUCAAAUUUCCCUUCAAUAAUGACUGCAGUGAGCAUGCGAGGACAAAUCUCAACAUGGGCGCGAUAAGGCUAGAGGUUGCCCGCGAUACGAAUAUACACGUCCGUAGGGCACUUCCACCGUCGCUGACGGGAUUUCCGGGCGAGGCCGAGAUUAGAUAUUACGUGAAGGCGACGGUUGCGCGGCCACAGUUUUACAAGGAGAAUUAUAGAGGGUUUGCGGAUUUCAAAUUCCUGCCCAUCGAGCCUCCGGAGAGAGUAGUACCCGGCGCGGAAUCGUAUGCCAGACGCCAGCAACAAUUUUCAAAAGUCAGCAGUAUACCUGGGAAGAAGAGUCUUUUCCGAACAACCAAUCCUCCACCCUUGAUCGAUAUCGAGGAAGAACCUCCCAAAUUUUCCGUAGAUGCCAGAUUACCUAGUCCUGCAAUCAUCACCUGUAACGAGCCCAUUCCAUUACGAAUUCUGGUAAGAAAGCUUAACGACAGCUCCGACACGAUUUUCUUGCAGAUGAUACAGGUCGAAUUAAUCGCAUAUACACACAUCCGGGCCCACGAUCUUGCCAGAACUGAGAGUGGGAGCUGGGUCAUUGUAAGCCAAAGCAAUAUGAACAUCCCGCUUGGGGAUGGAACCGCUCCCGCUGGGAAGGAGUGGAAGAUAGAUUCCAGCAUGUGGGAUCGUACCCCAUUGCCCAGUUCUGUGGCGCCGUCAUUCGAUACCUGCAAUAUAUCGCGGACGUACAACUUGGAUGUACAAGUUGGAUUAAGACAUGGUUCUUCUGCUAUGAUGAAGCCUGAGCUUAUCGUUGUUCCCCUCCGGAUACCCGUUCAAGUAUACUCUGGAAUCGCUCCUCCUCAGGCCCUCUUAGACGCUGUCCGGCGGUCUCCUAGUAAGGUCAGCAAGGUAUCCGAGGUUCCGCCUCCGCAGCCUCCUCGGCCUGAGGUUGUCCCGACAAUCGCUCCCGUGCACACCGAAUACGAUGAUGCUCCUCCAAGCUAUGAGGAUGCCAUGGCAGAUGCUCUUGGGCCAGUGGAUGGCCCGCGGCGCGAGUAUAACCCUCCAGACCCAGGAUCAUGGUCAGGGGCUGAUAAUAAGGGUUCAGCAAAGGAUAAUAAAGACAACGAGCGGCUUUUCCCUAGUAGCAGCCCGCGCAAUGCAUCAACGGAGUCUUUCUUUGAUAACCAUUAUGCAAAUGUAACGCCUCUGGAUGGGCAAUGUGCCAACUCCCAUUUCGCCGUCCAGCCGCUGCAAUCGACAUCAAUUGGACAGGUUCAACAAACUCAACUUAUCGAGGAGACCCUAUACCCACCACAACAGGCACCACAGACACAACAAACACUACAGGACUCACAGCAACGAAGGCCAUUGCCCUUCAUGGGAGUUCCCCCUAGGAAACCCGUUCCGGGGGCGGGAAAACAAGCCUGA